UUUGGCUUCACGUUCUCCCGCCUACCUCUAGGUCACAUGGCUGUGACAUCACAACUUCCUGAAAGCCUCUGCGUUCUAGUAACUAGGCACAAACUAUGGCAGAGGAGGGUGUGGACACAGAAGCAGAAAUCCAGAAGAGUUUGCAGGAGCUUGUUGACAGUCUUUAUGCAUUCCGGGACCACUAUUUUGAGACGCACAGUGUGGAAGAUGCUGCUAGGAAGCAAUAUGAUGUUGAAAAGGAAAUGGAGAAAACCAUUGCACAGAUGAACGAGAUUGAUGAUACCUGGAAGAGCAAAGCUUUCUUUUUAAUGCUUCGAGGAAAGGCCUUAAAUGUCACUCCGAAUUAUAGCCAAGAGGCAGAGGAUGCGCUUUCUAAGGCAGUAAAAUUGGAUCCCGGACUUGUAGAAGGAUGGAAUCAGCUGGGAGAGGUGUAUUGGAAGAAAAUGGAUGUGGCGGCUGCUAAAACAUGUUUCUUGGGAGCACUGAAUCACUGCAAAAAUAAGGUCUCUCUUCGUAACUUGUCCAUGGUUAUGCGACAGCAGCGAUCACAGGAUGCGGAGGAGAAUAGUAGAAACAUUAUGGACAGUGUGAAAGAAGCCAAGGAGGCUGUACAGAUGGACCCAUGUGAUGGGACUUCCUGGUACAUCCUUGGAAAUGCUUACCUCUCACUGUUCUUCUGCACUGGACAGAAUCCUAAAAUCUCUCAGCAGGCUUUGAAUGCGUAUGUGCAGGCGGAAAGAGUUGACAAGACUGCAUCCAGCAAUCCAGAUCUGCAUCUCAACCGAGCAACAUUGUGUAAGUAUGAAGAGAGAUAUGAUGGUGCACUAGAAGGCUUUUCACGAGCUGCUUCUCUAGAACCUUCAUGGACUGAACCAGUCAUGAGAGAACAGCAACUGCUUGAUUACCUGGGCAAACUGUGUGGCCUUCUAGCCAACAAGGGCAAGAUACGAGGGAAAAGGCUGCAGAAUAUGCUCAAUAGCCUAAGUCCUUCUCUUCUUGGUCAUUUUGGUGUCUCUGGAGGAUUAGAGUUUAAACCACUGAGUUCUUUGCAACCAGGCAGGAACCCAGGCUGUGUAGUGUUGGGAAAAGUUGUAUUCAGCGUUAUGACCGAGGAACGAGUGCCAUUCACUUUCGGUCUGGUAGAUGCAGAGGGCACCUGUUAUGCAGUAAUGGUUUAUAACAUGGUAGAGAGCUGGGGUGUCCUCAUUGCAGAUUCUGUGAGCAUUCCUGAUCCUCUCUUGAAGCAGCAUAAUAUAAAGCAUAAAGGCCAGAUGUUUACAUUCCAAAGUAUACGUGUUGACUCCCCUGUCCAGUUACUAGUCAAUGGCAAGCCACAGGGACCUAGCACACAGGCAGGUGCAAUAGUGGCUUACAGGCCUCAGAGUGAGUGAUUAAAGAACAUCAGGAUCUUCUUGCAAUGCUGUGAGGAGCAGGGACAUCAAAGAUAUAUGCCAUUUGUGCUGCAUUUUAUAGUCACAAUGAGAAGCUGCAUGAGAACUAAGCAUUUUUGUAAUCACACUCAUAAGAACUGAUUUGCCCACUUACCUUUAUGUUUAGUUGGUGCUACAGAUUGCUCUGGCAGUAAAUCAUGCCCAGCAUUACAAUGGUUGAAUUGAUCUUAUGACCCAGCAGCGCCCUUAUCAUGCAUACACCUAGAAUAUUUGCUGCUUUGUGUCUUAAUGUCUUUUUUUUUUCCAGUCUCAGUCCUUUUUUAAUAUUUGUUCCCCCCACCACCUUUCCAUUGAGUGCUUGUAUUUAUAAAUUUGAUAUAAGAUUAUGAUUAUUUAUUUUUGCCAAUAUUUGUUGUUGCCCUCACUUUGAGGGGGAAUUUUGGAGUCAAGAAUUAAAAAAAAACAAAAACAUAACUUGGCAGUGUGUGGCUGGUGUUUGUUUUUCACACUUAGUUUGAUAUAACACAGAAUAGGCAAAAUCCAAAUUCUGUUUUCCAGAAAGUGCAGAAUUCAGAGUCAAGUUUAAGCAAAUAACUGAAUUCACUAUUUCUUUAUUGAUUGGGGCAAGGUUUAGGCUGGCAAGGGUGCUAGGCCAUGUGUUAUUGGCUUGCUCAGCAAUACUACUUGGCCCAGAUAUGAUUUCAUAAAAUGAAGGCAAGGUUAUAUAUUAAUGGCAGCACAGAUCGACCUAAGAACAAUAAACCGAAUUAGCCAUGAUAGACAAGAUGCAGAAUGUGGUAAUGUCCCUAAACCUCUAUUCAUUUUCUGAGGGCGACUUGGCGAGAAGCAGUGGGACUUUUUAAAAUCAGUCCCAACUUUGGGGCAACUCUAAUUUCCCCCAGCUAUAUGCUUCAUUUUAUUUACUGGAAGGAGAUGACUUUGCCCCAAACAAGAGCAAAUUAUUCAAGGAAUGUAAAUUGGCCAGUUGCUUAUGUCAGUCACUAUUACUAUACAUUAAGGUCUGUAGUCUGCUGUCAGUUUCCAUCCUAGUCUGUUUGUGUACUGUAAUAAAAGCUUUUGUAUUGAGGUAGUGUUAAAUGCCGGAGUGACCACCUUGUCCUGCUAUUGGUCUUGUCACCAGAGGUCAGUCUACUGGGAGUUCUAGCUGACACUAUAAACCAGUGUGCUAUAUAUAGUGCCUACAAUAUUAUUAUACAACAUAUUAUAUGAAAACAUAUGGAGCUUUAGUGAUCAUUACUGGUGAUGAAGAAUUCACAGCAGUAGUACAGAGAUGAAGCUUGAUAAGGAAGAUGCUUAUUUCUUACGUACAGGAUAAUUCCAUCUCAACAGGAUGAACUCAAGUUACUGCGGUUUUAUUUCAUUUAAGUAAUGGCCAGGUAUUGUCCUGCUGCUGCAUGUGCUUCUGAAGCACCCAGCGACAACCCCCCGUUGGAUCAAGAUGGAAGUCGGAUCUUCACUUCGUGGGACCCUUCCAGAACGAUCUGCAGACUCUGCCCCAGGUUAUUGUUACACUGAACAAUACCUUUUGUAUGUUACUUUGGUGAUUAUAUUGGAAUUUUUGUGAUUGUGGUGCAUUUUCAGCCAUUAUAUUGCAUUUUCACCCAUUUUAUUGCUUUUUCAGCUCUGCGUAGGUUUUGCUUGCUUGUUUCUGGCUGUAAAAGUUAUUUGGCCAAGCUAAAAUAUUCA